AUGACAUCACAAGUCUCGCGCUUGGAUAGGCAAGUGAUCUUGCUGGAAACAGGGUCUACCCAGGUGGUGAGAAAUGUAGCCGCUGACCAAUUAGGAGACUUAGCGAAACAACAUCCCGAAGAGAUAUUGUCUUUGUUGUCUCGGGUGUACCCCUAUUUGAUGAGCCGAAAAUGGGAAACACGAGUGACAGCGGCUAGAGCAGUAGGGGGCAUCGUUUCGCAGGCAAAAAUCUGGGAUCCGAAUCAGAACGACGGGGAUCGGGACGGGGUAGCUUCUGCGAAGAUUAAGUUGGAGAACGAGAUGACAAUGAAAUUGGAGGCGCUCGAUAGCAACAAUGACUGGAAACGUAUGCAGGACAAUAGUAAUCUAUAUAGGCUUGCACAUUGGCAAUUAAGGGAGAUCUUCAAAUCGGGUAAGACUUUGUUGGCGGCAAAUUGUGAUGAAUAUCAGUCGGAGAAUCCGGAGAGCAAAAAACAGCAGGUAGUUGUUGACUAUCGGCGGCAGCAGGAGCAGCAGCAGCAGGAGGAGGAGAGGGAGAUGUGGAAUGAGAUCAAGCGGGACGGGUCGGAGCCUCCGUUAUCGCCGGGUGAGUCCAAGAAGAGUGCGAGGAUGCUUGCGAUGGAGAAGCGGAAGCGGAAGAUACAGGCGAAAACAAGUUCACGGAAGCCCCUAGAUCUAUCGCAGAGCUCAGUGGCGAGGACUUUAAUGACGCAAGAACACGGGGGCAGUUAUGGUGUGGGUAGUAAUAACAAUUGGAUGCAACGGCAGCUGCAUAAUGAUAACGAUAUUAAUAAUAAUAAUAAUAAUAAUAUUAAUAAUAUUAAUAAUAAUAAUAAUAAUCAUGAUAAUCAUGAUAAUACUAGUAGUACUAGUGACGACGAUGAUGAACACAAUAGCGAUGACCACAACAAUGACAAUGACAAUGGCAGGUGUAGGGGUAAUGGCGGGCGCAGCAUGUACGGAAGUGCUUCGGGGUCUCCUGCGGCGCCUGCGGCGGCGGUUCAGCUGAACAAUCCCAAGUUAGAAAUCACCGAACAAACAGACAGUAAUAAGGUUAUGAUAGAAUCAGUGAUAACGCCUCUUUUGGAGAAGCAGCAAUGUGUGAAUGGUUUGGUAUGGGAGUUUCAAGGGAUUUUUGAGUUGUUGUUAGAGAAUUUGAUGAGCGAGUCGUGGGAGAUCAGACACGGUGUGACGCUGGGGAUUAGGGAGCUUGUCAAGAAGCAUGCCAAGGGAGUUGGGAGGAUACGAGGGAAGAGCCGGAAGGAGAACGAUAUUCGGAAUUUUGAAGCGUUGGAAGAUUUGGCCACUAGGCUGUUGACUGUUUUUGCGCUUGAUAGGUUUGGGGAUUUUGUUAAUGAUACAGUGGUGGCGCCGGUUCGGGAGUCUGCUGCGCAGGCAUUGUCUGCAUUGUUGAUACAUCUGGAUGAUGAUCUGUGUGUCAAGAUUUUUAGCGCGUUGGAGCAGCUUGUCUUGCAGGACACGGAGCAUAUCGGGUCUCCUAGUAAGAUAUGGGAAGCCACGCACGGUGGGUUGUUAGGGAUCAGGUACUUUGUUUCGAUAAAGACGGAUUUUCUGUUUGCGAACAACCUGCUUGAUAAUGUUGUGAAUAUAGUGUUGUAUGGGUUGAAUGAACGGGAUGACGAUGUGCAGAGUGUGGCUGCGGCGAUUUUGACGCCGAUUACUUCUGAAUUCAUUAAGCUGGAGUCUUCGACUGUUGAUUUGGUUGUUUCUGCUAUAUGGAAUUCGUUAUCGCAUUUGGAGGAUGAUUUGUCGUCGAGUGUUGCGUCCGUUAUGGAUUUGUUGGCUAAACUUUGCCAGCAUCAGGAGGUGUUGGAUGUUUUACACCGCAAGGCUUCUGCUCAUCCCUUAGAAUGGUCGUUCAGGUCCUUGGUCCCGAAGUUGUAUCCCUUUUUGCGCAACUCCAUCACCAAUGUUAGACGGUCGGUGUUGAACCUACUGCAAGCCUUUUUGUCGAUUCAUGAUGAAGCAACGAAACACUGGAUUCAUGCAAAGAUCUUUAGGCUUGUAUACCAAAAUAUUUUACUCGAGCAAUAUGAUGAUAUCUUGGAGUUGUCGUUUAACGUUUAUUGUAAGAUGCUUUCUGAAUAUAAAUCGAAGAAUUCAGAAAAGACUUUGGAUCAGAUCUUUAGCAAACAUCUAGCCCCCAUACUUCAUUUAUUGAUAACGCCGAUUGGUGAGCAAGGCAAAAAUUAUAAUAUGGAAACGCAGUAUAUUUUAAAGCCAUCUCAACAUUAUCAAGUUACCUCUACUAGGAAGAGAUCCAGUGCAGCUGCUAUGAAUAACAAGUCUGAUAUUCCUGCUCCGACCCAUAUUGAGCAAGUUAUCGAUGCACCAAUGAUUGCAGGUGAUGUGACUUUGUUAGGGUCAGAUGUUAUUUAUAAGACUAGAGUUCUUGGUGCAAAGGCAUUGGGUUACACUUUAGCUGCCUUUCAAGAAUCUACAGUUAAAUCUUUCUUCGAAACAGCCCUCUUGAGUUGUUUGGAUCUUCCAUAUGCGACCCCAAGGAUGUUGGUAGCGAUCAUUGUUGCAGAAUACUGUUCUCAUUGGAUGGAAUUACAUCCUGAAUCAUCUAAGCCUCCAGACUUUGUUUCGAAAUACUUUAGUUCAAUAUUUGUGGAGUACUUGUCAGAUCCCUCUCAGCUGCCUGUUUUCAGGGAAUUGGUGCCAAGUUUGAAGGCCCUGAGGACUCAAUGUCAAAAUUUAAUGACAACUUUUAUUGAAGUUGGUAUGUUGUCUCCUCAGACUCUUCCACAGCUUGCAAUUAUUGUAAAAGGUGAACCAGAAGCCGGGCCUCAGGCAUUCUAUAUCGAGACGGCAGAAAAGGUGCAUGAUGAAUACUAUGAAAAAUUGUACCAGUCUUUGUCUAAUUCUUCCAAGGUAUUGACCAAAAAACCUUUGGAGGAUGCUCGUUAUCGUGUACAAAAGGCAAUUGAAGCUGCCAAAGAUGCUAGCAAAUCUAGAAGUUCAAAUGUUUUAGCAAGCUAUGCUUCUGCAACAUUGUUAUUCGAUGGAUUACCAAAGAAGCUAAAUCCCUUUAUUCGUUCAUUAAUGGAUAGUAUUAAGGAAGAACAAUGUGAGGUCCUUCAAAGAAGAUCAGGUGAUUCCGUGAUAUUUCUGAUUACAGAACUUGUCAAAAAUGGAAAGACGAACGUUGCCAACAAAGUUGUUAAAAACUUAUGUGGAUUUUUAUGUGUCGAUACAACAGAAGUACCAGAGUUUGCUCCGAAUGCUCAUUAUACAGAUUCUAUCUUAACAUUGAUUAAGGAGACAACCAUAUUAUCAGUUCAAGAUGAUGUCGCUAUACGCAAGAUGACUGAAGAAGCUCAAGUAAAGCGAAGAGGUGCUAUCUAUACGCUAAGCCAACUCUUGAUUAAACUCGGUUCUACGGCAUUAGAAAAAGUCCCACAGUUGCAACAUUCUAUCUUUGAUCCUUUAGAUGAUUUAAAAACUGUUAGUCAAGUUAAUGAAGACUCAGAUUAUCCUAAAAUUCAAGAAUCUGUCGAUGCAUUAGGAAUUUUAAGAGCAUUAUUUAUCUUUUUGGAUCCAGAAAUCCAAAAUAAAUGUGUUUUUAAACGCCUUCCAAAUAUCCUAAAAUUUUUGACCUCCCAAUACUCCGUCAUACGUUACUCCGUUGCAAGGACUUUAGCUGAUUUGGCCAGUGUUAACCCAGUCCAAGUUAUUCCUUUCAUCAUCAAGGAAGUGUUACCAUUGAUGAAUAACGCUGGUUCCCUGGUUGAUCGCCAAAGUGCCACCGAAUUAAUAUAUCAUUUGUGUCAAUCUAUGGGUAGCAACAUACUCCCAUAUAUUGUAUUCUUGGUUGUACCUUUAUUAGGUCGAAUGAGUGAUUCAAACCAAGAUGUGAGGAGCCUUGCAACUACUACAUUUGCCUCUAUCAUUAAAUUAAUACCAUUGGAAGCUGGUAUCGCUGACCCCGAGGGAUUGCCUCAGGAGUUGUUGGAAGGUCGUGAAAAAGAACGUGAUUUCAUCCAACAGAUGGUCGAUCCUUCAAAGGCCAAACAAUUUAAGUUACCUGUGGUUAUCAAAGCUACUUUGAGAAAAUAUCAGCAAGAUGGUAUCAACUGGUUAGCAUUUUUGAAUAAUUAUCACUUACAUGGUAUCCUAUGUGAUGACAUGGGCUUAGGUAAAACAUUACAAACUAUUUGCAUAAUAGCAAGUGACCAAUAUUUAAGACGAGAGGAUUACAAAUUAACUAAUUCUGUUGAAACACGCCCACUCCCAUCACUAAUAGUCUGUCCACCCUCUUUAACGGGGCAUUGGGAACAAGAAUUCCAACAGUACGCUCCAUUUUUGACCGUUUUAGUUUAUGCUGGUGGGCCUUCUGCAAGACAUCCACUACGUAAUAAUUUAGGUGGUGCAGAUGUUGUUGUGACUUCAUAUGAUGUCGCCAGAAAUGAUAUUGGUAUUAUUACCAAAUAUGAUUAUAAUUACUGUGUUUUGGAUGAGGGACAUAUAAUUAAGAACGCGCAAUCAAAAUUGGCCAAGGCUGUGAAGUUAAUCAGUGCAAACCAUAGAUUAAUUCUAACUGGUACCCCAAUUCAAAACAACGUUGUCGAACUUUGGUCCUUGUUUGACUUUUUAAUGCCAGGGUUUUUGGGCUCUGAAAAGGUCUUUCAAGAAAGGUUUGCAAAACCAAUAGCAGCUUCUAGAAAUAGCAAGACUUCGUCUAAAGAGCAAGAAGCCGGAGCUUUGGCAUUAGAAGCACUACAUAAACAAGUUUUGCCGUUCAUGCUAAGAAGAUUAAAGGAGGAUGUCUUAUCCGAUUUACCUCCAAAGAUUAUUCAAGAUUACUACUGUGAACUAAGUGAUUUACAAAGACAAUUGUAUAAGGAUUUUGCAAAAAAACAAAAGAACAUUGUCGAAAAUGAUAUUGAAAAUACUAUGGAGUUGGAAAACAAACAACACAUAUUCCAAGCACUACAAUACAUGAGGAAGUUAUGUAAUCAUCCAUCAUUGGUCUUGAAUACAGAUCAUCCGCAAUACAACCAGGUUCAAGACUAUUUAAAACAAACUGGAAUGAGCUUGCAUGAUAUAAGUCAUGCUCCUAAACUGGGUGCAUUAAGGAAUUUGUUGUUAGAAUGUGGAAUUGGUAUUCAAGAUUCUGAGAGGAAUGCCAAUGUAGUUCCUUCCACCGAAUCCGUUAUAUCUCAACACCGUGCUUUAAUAUUCUGCCAAUUAAAGGAAAUGCUUGACAUGGUAGAAAAUGACUUAUUCAAAAAGUAUAUGCCCACCGUUACCUACAUGCGUUUGGAUGGCAGUGUUGAAUCCCGUGACAGGCAGAAAGUAGUCCGUAAAUUUAAUGAAGACCCCUCAAUUGAUUGUCUGCUAUUAACAACCAAGGUUGGUGGUCUCGGUUUGAAUUUAACAGGAGCUGAUACCGUUAUCUUCAUUGAACAUGAUUGGAACCCCAUGAAUGACUUACAAGCAAUGGACCGUGCACAUAGACUGGGUCAAAGGAAAGUAGUUAACGUCUACCGGAUUAUUACGAAAGGAUCUUUAGAAGAAAAAAUCAUGGGCUUACAGAAAUUUAAAAUGAACAUUGCCUCAACUGUUGUAAAUCAACAAAACACUGGUUUAGCAUCUAUGGAUACCCACCAAUUGCUAGAUUUGUUCGAUACUGAUAACGCUCCUGUUCAAAACAAAGAUGAAAAAGCUGGUACUGGUACUGGUGAUGUGGCAAAUGAAACUGGAUUGACAGGAAAGGCAAGAGAAGCAGUUGAUGAAUUGAAGGAGUUAUGGGAUUCUUCACAAUACGAAGAAGAGUACAAUUUGGACAAUUUUAUCAAAACUUUACGUUGA